UCUUCAAUUUUUGUUAUUUUUGGUCAAUUUUGAUAUUUUGUAUGUAAAAAUAUUUGUUAAUCUGUGUUUAGUGUCUAGUGGAAGUUUUGGCGUUGCAAUUUCGUGAAUUUGAUGGGAUAUAGGCCAAAAAUACUCUUUUUUGGUAAAUUUAAAGCACCAAUAUUGCUCAUAAAUAUAUUUAAAGGAUCAUUCUAAGCCUACCCCAAAAUUUAAGAGAUCAUUUUUGUCAUUCUCUCCCAAACAAAGGGGAUCUUUUUCUUUCCAUCCAUUGUUUCCAAAGUCGAGCGAUCUGAAACUCCCGCGACUCUCUCGAUUUAGGGUACGGUGUAGGAAUUUGUGCUAUCAGCUUUAUCAUUGAAGGAGAGUCGAUUGCUGAAAGUCAACAGUGAUUAUAAAGGGCCAACUGAUAAGAAAGAGUUGGUGGAAGCGAAAACCAAUUAAGACAGGAAAAGUUCAGAUAUGUCAGCGCUCUUUAAUUUCCAUUCCUUUUUGACGGUAGUGCUGUUAUGGAUUUGUACAUGCACUUACGUGAAGAUGCAUUUUCCAGCUCUUCUUGAACAGAGAACUGGGUUCCGAGGCUUCUUUUGGAAGGCUGCUAGAAUAGGUGAGCGGUUGAGUCCUUGGGUGGCUGUGGGCUGCUUGACAAUGGGUGUUUCAAUAAUCUUCUUCUAAGGCGAACAGUUGCUUGAAAGUUGGGAGCUAAUUUACUGCUUCAGCUUUGUUUUUUGCAGCAAAUGCCUUCUUUGAUCAAACUUGAGCACUGAAUUGUUGUGGCACUACUUUGAUCCGGAACUGAGCUUUUGCUUGUGAGAUGGUCUAGUUAUGACGAUUGUCAAUGUUAUCCAUUCUGGCCUUUGUAACACUCACUCGACUUGGUACCUUAACUUGCCAAAGAAUCGAAAAAAUCCCAUGCUGCAUUAUAUCCGUUGAUGAUUAUGCUAUGUAUACCAUAAUCUACAUAUGCUAGAA